GCAUGGUUUUAUUAAAAAUCGUGGAUGUGUUACCCGCCGGAAAUAUCAAUAGCUAUAUAGUUCAACGUACAUGUACGUUUUGUGCACCUUGACUCAAUAAACGAGUUCUAUUUAAAUAAGGACGUAUCCACUCACUUCUCUGUAAUGAUACAUACCUUAGUUCAUAUUUCAAUUUUACUAAAUGUGUGACUUUUUAAUUUUAAUUUAAAUCAAACUUAGCGAGCAAUGUUCAAAUUUCGAUUUGCAGAAGGUGCAGUCGGUAUUGAUGAAGAUAGCGAACAAAAGGAUAAAUUAGAAUGGAUUUCUGCUUCCAAACUCGAAGUAACUCCCGAACAAAUCAAAGCGAAAUAUGAGGCUUAUUAUUAUACAGAGGCCGAAGUGUUUUCUGGUUGUAAUCUAAAACUAAUCCGUUCCGAUAAAGUAACACAGGAUUUAACUGAUCAACAUUGUCAGAAUAUUAUUGAGGCCGAGUCGAAACAUUCCGAUCUCAUUCCAGCAAAAUACGAAGGUGGUUUAAAAAUCUGGGAAUGUACAUUCGAUUUGGGCCAAUACAUAUUGGAAAAGGAAAUUGAGUUGAAAGACAAACUUGUUAUGGAUUUAGGCUGUGGCGCUGGAGUAAUUGGCCUUUUGUCUCUUCGUAAAAAUGCUACUGUUCAUUUUCAAGAUUAUAAUGCCGAAGUGCUAAAGUCCGUGACUAUACCGAACGUAGUAUUGAAUUUUUAUGGUACGAUUAUAACGACAAAAUGCGAAUUUUAUGCCGGGGAUUGGGCUUCUCUUGCGACGUUACUUGACGAAAGUAAAAAGUAUGAUUAUAUCUUCACGAGCGAAACGAUUUACAAUCCUGACAAUCAUAAAAAAUUAUAUAAAAUUUUUAAGAGAAGGUUAAAAGCCGAUGGCGUUGUAUUUGUCGCUGGAAAAACCUAUUAUUUUGGCGUGGGUGGUGGAAUGAGACAAUUUGAGAAUCUCAUUUUAAAGGACGGAUGCUUCGAUGUCAAAUCAGUGUGGAGAAGUCAAGAUGGAGUAAACAGAGAAAUUCUGAAACUCACAAGAAAAUGGCAUCAAGAACAAUAUACAUCUAGUGUAUAACAUUAUUGUCUUCAUAAU